AUGGAUGAGAAAUUUGUGAAGGCAAGAUUUCUUCCGGAAGCAACUACUUUAAACCAAAGAAGAAGGGAUAAAACGUUAUUGAUCGAGGAUACACCACCCAAAAUAUCCUUGGCUCUUUCAAAGGCAUACCCAGCUAUUCUACUUUUGAAUAGAUUACUAUCUAUUAUUUCGUGGACGGACGAGGAUCCUUACUACACCAUAUGCCUUAUCACAUUUUGUGGGAUAAUAAUCAUAUACUGGGAAUUUUUCAGUCACUUUGUUCUUUCUAUAAUUCUUUGCUUCGUGGCAUGCUCGUUAGUAUGGCUUACCAAGACAUCUGUGCAAUCACUGGGUGAGACAUCCGAGUCUCCAACUUUGGAAGAAAUCAUCGAUUCUUUGCGGAAUCUCAAUACAAGAAUAUCAUUUUUAAGCAGCGGUCUACGUUUAUCAAAAAGUCAAAUAUCCAGACUUGAAGUACUAGGUAUUCUUUUGAUACCACUUCAAUGCUUUCUUGUCAGACGUAUUCUUGGGAUACGUCAUUUUGCACUUUUGAUUAUGUUUUUUUCACUCACAUUUUACUCCACGUGGGCCGUAACUUUUAGAAAGCUUAUAUGGAGAAACGUGGCAGUUCAGAAGAUUGUCAAUUUGAUAAUGGGACCAUCAAUCACAACAGCAGCAGCGAAAACUAUCCCUUCAGAAUCUAAAAUUGACAUAUCAAAAGGCUCUAAUAUAGUGACAUUUGAAAUUUAUGAGCAUCAACGUCGUUGGGUAGGAAUUGGAUGGUCGAACAGACUUCUGCCUUUUGAAAGAACACACUUGACGAAUGAAUAUCUAGAAGAAUGUUGCUUAUCUCUAAACAAUUUCACUUUCCCAAAACUUACAAAACAACAGAAAUUACAAGGCUGCAGAUGGAAGUGGAUGGAGGAGAAGUGGAAAAUAGACGAGGAGUACUGUAAGCAUCAUGAUUCUGAAGGAUGGGUUUACUACGACAAUAAAUGGGAGAAUGGUGUAUAUAGAGAUACUGUGAGUAGCUUUACUCGUACAAGAAAAUUGUACAGGAGGGCGCUCGUUGUGCACAAAUCUUAG